UUGCGGAUGGGGACUGACUUCCCCCUUUUCUCCGUAUUCCCAUCGCUUCUGCUCUGUCCUCACAGCACAUUCAGGGCCUGCGUUAGGAAUGAUGCGCUUGCUAUGCAGAGAAUUCCAGGUGUUUUGUUGCUUGAGUGCAGCUCUGGCAGCAGGAAAUGCUGAGGCAGAUGAAGAAUUUGGAAAAGAGAGGGUAUGUCCUUACUGCUUCCAGUUCCUGGUUCCUGACAGCUACCGGGUGCGGCUCAAGCCAAAGAUGAAAGUGACCCCACAGAUUGAGAAAAUUCUUAAACGAGAGGCAAAGAAUUACAAACUCAAUAUGAAACAGAUAAAGCUUUUGAAAAAGUACAGGGACUCCAAAAGUGUUCUGCUUGUUACUUGUAACUCAUGCAACAAAACAACAAGACAUUAUGGUAAAAGCAGGGAUUUUCUGGCUACCAAGACCUGCAACUCAGGCACUCCAACUACUGAAUCUAGCCUGAAGACACCAGAUGUAAAAAUCCAAUCUGCAAACAAAAUGACACCUGCAAGCUACAGUAGGUUGGGAUCCAAAGGGAACACUCCUUCAUCACUCCACAGAACUUGUGUAUCCAGACAGUUGACAACCAGUUCCAUUUCCAGGACUCCCCGAAACUCCAAAUUUCACUUUACUAAGCUAAAACGGAUGCUUAACCUAGAAGAAAAAGAGAAAAGCCAGAAGGUGGAUUUGAAAACCUUCCUGACUUCACUUUAAUUUCAGAGUAAUAAUAAUUACAGCAAUGUUCUGAUUUUAAUAAAUGACUGGUGAUUUUUUCAUGAA